AAUUUAAAACUGGGUCGGAUGCAAUCUUAUCAAAUCGUUUUGAUUUCUAAUAACACUAUAAAUACUGAAAAUUUUCAGAAUCAACUUAUACACUCACUGUACUUACAGGAGCUUACUUCAGCAUUUUGUGAAGAAGAAAAUACAUAAUAAAAAAGAUGAAGAGUUUCCUUGUCAUCGCCCUGCUGGCAGUCACUGCAGCAGCAUCAGUGAUCACGCACGAGGCUCCCGAGCCUGCAGCAGAUGUUCUACCCGAGGGUUCGGAGACACAGGAGCUUCAAGUAGCUGAUGCAGACGAAGUGCCCAUGUCCGAGAUGGCAGUCUUCAUCAGGAAGGUGCUGACGGCUGAUGAGGAGAUGCCGUUUGUUGCUCCGCGAUAUGAUAUGGGCGUGGGGCAUAUUAUGCCUGGUGAUAGAUUGCUUUCUGCUUCAACACACUCCCGCAAUCCGAUAGCAAACGUUGUUCAGACGGUAGACGUGAGGUAUACCGGCAGUAACGCCAUCAUUGUCCUGGCUGUGAGAGCUUACGGCUCCCGCCAGGGUGCAUCAGCGAGAGUCGUCGAAGGAGCCCUGGGGAGGAACUCCAUCACCAUCCGGCUGCAGUCCGCGAGGGGACGCGGCUUCCAGUACAGAGUUGAGAUCUGGGGACGUUGAACUGAAGGAUUUUAGUUGUACCUACUUUUGUAACAUUUUAGUUUUAUGGUCUGUGUCGUUAAAUAACAUGUAAUAGAUUAUUUAAUAAAAUAAAAAUAUAAGCAAAGUUGUA